AUCUCCAUCACCCCCCAUUGCCAUUUCGCAAACACAUCUAGUUUUUCUUCUACAUCAUCAUCGAGCUCUUGAUUGGUUUUGAAAAAAUGUUAAGCUCUCAGAUUCAGAAGCUGAAUUCAACAAAACUCUUUUCUCUUUUGCCACAAAAGCCUUCUCUUUGUAGCCAUGGAAACACUUCUUGCUUCCCUACUUACUACAAGCAGCAGAAAUGCUUCAUAUUCCCUAAGAAAAACUCAAGGCUUAGCGUCCGAGCUAGUAUCAUUGAUAAGGCUAUGUCAGAUAUAAACCAUGACGGUGAAGCUGUUUCAGUUAAGGCCAAUGUUACAGUUAAAGUUACAGUUGGUGGGCUCAUUUCUAGUAUUGGAAUUACAAAGCCUCUUGAGGAGCUUACAGAUAUAAUUGGGAAAAGUCUCCUUUUGGAGCUUGUUAGUGCAGAGCUUGAUCCCAAAACGGGGCUAGAGAAAGAUACAGUGAAGUCUUAUGCUCAUAUACGUCUAGGAAUUCGUAAGCCUGGUGAGGUGAAGUUAGAGGCAAAAUUCAAGGUUCCAGAUGGAUUUGGUGAGAUUGGAGCCAUCUUGUUAGAGAACGAACAUCGUAAGGAAAUCUUCAUAGGAAGCAUAGAACUUGAAGGCUUUCCUAAUGGUCCUGUCACUGUUUCGUGCAAUUCUUGGGUUCAUUCCAAACGGGAUAAUCCCAAGAAGAGAAUUUUCUUCACCAAUAAGUCAUUCUUACCGAUUGAUACACCAAACGGAUUGAAAAGGCUAAGAGAGGAAGAGUUGAAAAAUCUACAAGGAAAUGGACAAGGGGAGAGAAAGUCUUUUGAGAGGAUAUUUGACUAUGAUGUUUAUAAUGACCUUGCAAAUCCAGAUUCCACUGAAGAUCUUGCAAGACCCGUUCUUGGUGGCAAAAAGUACCCAUACCCUAGGCGUUGUAGGACAGGACGUCCUCGAACCAAAAAAGACCCAUUAACAGAAUCAAGAAGCAGUGAUUUUUAUGUACCAAGAGAUGAGGCCUUUGGAGAGUUGAAACAAGCAACAUUUGGUGUAAACACAGUAAAAUCUGUAUUACAUGCAUUGCUGCCUACCAUAGAGACUGCAAUUGUUGAUGAUAAGCUUGGAUUCCCACACUUCACUGCCAUAGACAAGCUAUUUGAAGACGGAGUUGAAUUGCCUAAAGAAGUUAAGAAACCUUGGUACCUUCAUACUCUAUUACCAAGAGCUGUGAAAGCUGUUAAGGAUACUAAAGAUGAAAUCCUGCGCUUUGAGACUCCUGAACUUUUUGAUAGAGACAAAUUUUCUUGGUUUAGGGAUGAAGAAUUUUCUCGUCAAACUCUUGCCGGUCUCAAUCCAUAUGGCAUAGAGCUAGUUACGGAAUGGCCUCUAACAAGCAAACUUGACCCUGAGGUCUAUGGUCCUCCUAAAUCAGCUAUCACAAAAGAAAUAAUUGAAAAAGAAAUCAAAGGCUUCAUGACAGUUGAAGAGGCUUUGAGGCAAAAAAGGUUGUUUAUGUUAGAUUAUCAUGAUAUUCUCUUACCAUAUGUGGCCAAAGUGAGGGCGCUUGAAGGCACCACAUUGUAUGGUUCAAGGACUCUAUUCUUCCUCGUCAAUGAUAGCACAUUGAGGCCUGUUGCUAUCGAACUCACUCGCCCACCAAUUGGUGGCCAACCACAAUGGAAACAAGUGUUUACACCAAGCUUUGAUGCCACUUCUUGUUGGCUAUGGAGGAUGGCUAAAGCACAUGCCUUGGCUCAUGACUCUGGCAUCCACCAACUUGUCUCUCACUGGCUGAGGACGCAUUGCUGUGUAGAGCCAUACAUAAUUGCAGCUCAUCGACAACUCAGUGAAAUGCACCCUAUCUUUAGACUUUUACAUCCUCAUUUCCGAUACACCAUGGAAAUCAAUGCUCUUGCUCGAGAAAGUCUCAUUAAUGCAGGUGGAAUCAUUGAAAGCAGUUUCUCUCCUGGAAAAUACUCCAUGGAACUUAGCUCUGUUGCUUAUGACAAGCUCUGGCGUUUUGACACAGAAGCAUUGCCGGCUGACUUGAUCAGCAGGGGAAUGGCAGUUGAGGAUCCAACAGCAAAACAUGGCUUGAAGCUAACAAUCGAAGACUACCCAUUUGCCAAUGAUGGUCUGAUGCUUUGGGAGGCAAUUAAGCAAUGGGUUACUGAUUAUGUGAACAACUACUACAAAGAAGAAAGCAAGGUCGUAUCUGACAAUGAGCUUCAAGCAUGGUGGGAAGACGUCAGGACAAAAGGCCAUGAAGACAAGAAAGAUGAACCAUGGUGGCCUGUCUUAAAAACCCAACAAGAUUUAAUCCAGGUCCUAACAACCAUAAUAUGGGUAACUUCAGGUCAUCAUGCAGCUGUGAAUUUUGGCCAGUAUGUUUUUGGUGGGUACUUCCCCAAUAGGCCAACGAUCGCUAGAAUCAAUAUGCCAACAGAAGAGCCAACAGAGUCUGAGUUUGAACUCUUCUUGAACAAACCAGAACUUACAUUGUUAAAAUGCUUCCCUUCACAGCAGCAAGCAACUAAAGUGAUGGCCAUUUUAGAUGUUCUAUCUAAUCAUUCACCUGAUGAAGAAUACAUUGGAGAUACAUUGGAGUCAUCUUGGGAAGCAGAUCCUGUCAUUAAAGCUGCAUAUGAAAGAUUCAGGGCAAAGCUAAUGGAGCUUGAAGCUACUAUUGAUGAGAGGAACAGUAAUUCGAAGAACACAAAUAGAGCUGGAGCUGGUGUUGUUCCUUAUGAACUGAUGAAGCCAUUCUCUGAACCUGGGGUCACAGGGAAGGGAGUUCCUAACAGCAUUUCAAUCUAAGUUAAUUCAAUUAUGGAAGCUCUUAACUCAUGUUCUUGAAUAUGUGCUAAUAAACUCUCAGAUUAUUGAAAAAUUGGUUUGUAUUUUAAAAAAUAAACUUUCCUAUGGUAAGUAUAAGAUUGAGUAUUGAUGAUGUGAACAA